AUGGAGCGUUUUUUUGGUAGAACUGGCCAAACAACUGAUGAUAAUAGUUCUACAAAACCAAAAGAAGCAAGAGUUAAUGCACCGAAUAUUACCUGGAGUCACACAUGGUCAUUUGAUGAAUCACGUGAUGCCUUAUCAGAAUCUUUCUUUGCUAAUAUUCCUAAUGAAAUUCUAUUGCGCAUAUUUCAACUAUUUUCUGUACGCGAUUUGUGUAGUAUUUCAUCGGUUUGUCGAUUGUUUAAAAUGAUCGCCGAUCAAGAUGAAAUCUGGAAACUCAAAUACGAUACAUCAACAAAAAUAUAUUCAAAAUCUUGUAAACAAAUUUAUAUGGAUUGGAUGUACGAAAAAUCUCUUCGUAAUAUCGAACUACGAAGUAUUCAUCGCCAAUACAGAACUGCAUGUAUUCGAUGUGCACAACCUUCAUAUCCUGUUCGACCAUCUAAGGAGCAAAAAUUCGAAUCCAUUGCUGGAUUCACUAAGCAUCUGAACUCAUCAGCAGAUAUGACUAUCGAACUAUUGGUGAAUAUUGACACUACAGCUCGUGAACUAAUACAACUACUUGAAAAAGCAUCAAAAUUUCAAGAGCAAUGGCAGCAAGCUCCCAUUUUAAAACAAAUGAUAACAAGGUACUAUCGUUUUAUGCGAUUGAAAGCAUCUCAUCCAACAAAUAUUCUAUUGAUUCCUACUAUGGAUAUUGAAAUUGUCUGGCAGACUCAUUUACUUCGACCUGAAAUGUAUCAAGCCGAUUGUCUUCGUUUGUUUCGUCGCAUAAUUGAUCAUUCAUUACUAAUUACUGAUAUUCAGAAAAUGUUGAAAGACCAAGCAUUUCAAGAUACUUGUCAAUUAUAUGAAAAAACAUAUGGCGAACACUAUUGUACAUUAUCACCAGAUAAUGAUCAACAAGAAAGUGCAUCGGAUAUGAAUCGUCGUUCUAAGCCAAACUAUACUUAUUGGGAUAAGACACAGUGCAAAUUUUCAACGAAAUCAGCAAAGGAUUACGAGAAUCCUUUUUCAUUUACUGAAUCUGAUAUUAUUCUAGAUAUGAAUUGGCUUGAUUCAUGCAAACAGUUUAUGCGUAACGCCCUGGAAAAAAUUUCUGGUGAAGCUUAUGAUCUUGAUGAAUGUUUUGAUAUUGAUCUUGGUGAAGGAGCAAUGAAAAGAUUAAAAAAAUCGUACGAACGAUUUUUAUAUAUGGCAGCCAAAUAUCCACUAGAAAAUAGCAAUGGUUUCGUGCCUCCUACUUAUGCGAUCGAUAUUAUUUGGCACUCUCAUAUGCAAGAACCAUUGAACUAUAGAGCUGAUUGUAUUCGUCUUGUUGGAUAUGUUGUCAAUCAUGCGCCAUGGCCGAUGAUCGAAGACAAUAUUAUGAAAAAAACAAGUGAUCGAUCAGACGAUAUGUGGAAAAAAGAAUUUCAAUCGGAUAUCGAAACUGAUCAUCUCUAUAAUACCAUUGAUCAUGACGCUGAUUGGAUGGACUAA